AUGUUGUUCAAGAAAUCAAUAAGAACUAUUCAGCGCAUUUGGAAACAAUGUCAAUCAUCAGUUGAUAAUGGUAUGUCGUCGUUAGAUGUGUCUCUAAUACUUACAGGUAAAUUUGGAAGAAAACGGAUUGGAGUCGACAUUAAUCAAGUCAAAGAAAUUCCACUUUGUCGUCGAACAAAUAUUCGAUCUUUGGCUUUUGCGAUGAACAUGGCAAAAUCAACCGUCUUUCGGCGUGUGAAAGAUGGAACUCUUCGGCCACAUUCUAAUUCCAUCAAGCCUCAGUUAGCCGAAGGAAACAAAAAGGUACGACUUCAAUACUGCCUCUCAAUGAUUGAUCAGAAUACAAUGCACAUUAAUCCCAUGUUUAUGAAUAUGUUUAAUUAUGUUCAUAUCGACGAAAAGUGGUUUUUUUUGUCCAAAAAAGUUGAAAGGUACUACCUGCUUCCUGGAGAGCAUGAGCCAGAUCCGUAUCGUUCCUCCAAAAGUAAAAAUUUUAUUCCAAAGGUUAUGUUUAUGGCUGCUGUAGCCCGUCCUCGAUUUGAUGAAAAUGGAAUUGAGUUGUUUUCUUGA